AUGUCUUCAGAUCCCUCAAGGCCUGGAUCUUCUGGAGCACCUGGCAUUCCUCCCGUCCCAAGACCUGACAGUCCAUUGGUUCCAGUUCCAGAGAAACCAUGGCCAGAAGGACCACCAAAACCAGUAGGCCCUCAGUCCUUGGGGCCUCUAGUGCCUGGAAAACCUUGGCCAGAAGGUCCCCCUGUAUCACCACAUCCCCCGCAGCCCAAAUUUCCACAACCACCAAAGCCCUUGGGGCCUCACAACCCGGGACGAAUUCCUGGAUCACUUAAUCCCCCACUUCCUGAUGAUCCUUACCCACCCUUACCCCUGCUGCCAAUGGCCCCUUGGCCACCGCUGCCUGAGCGGGAUGGUUUAGGAAAUCGUCCUGAAGAUCGUUCUGGGGAGGAUUAA